AUGAUUCGUGGAAGUAUUAUGAGUUCGUGCAUUAGCCUGUUCGUGUCGGGGCUUCUUGGUUAUGUGUUACGAAAACCUGGUUUCGGAAUAGCUUCCACACUCCUGUGCUUCCGUGGAACACGUGUAGACUUUCCAGAGGUUGCAGAUGGAGCACUCGUCGACUUUCCAGAGGUUGCAGAUGGAGCGCUCGUCGACUUUCCAGAGGUUGCAGAUGGAGCGCUCAUUGACUUUCCAGAGGUUGCAGAUGGAGCGCUCAUUGACUUUCCAGAGGUUGCAGAUGGAGCGCUCAUUGACUUUCCAGAGGUUGCAGAUGGAGCGCUCAUUGACUUUCCAGAGGUUGCAGAUGGAGCGCUCAUUGACUUUCCAGAGGUUCCAGAUGGAGCGCUCGUCGACUUUCCAGAGGUUCCAGAUGGAGCGCGCGUCGACUUUCCAGAGGUUGCAGAUGGAGCACUCGUCGACUUUCCAGAGGUUGCAGAUGGAGCGCUCGUCGACUUUCUAGAGGUUGCAGAUGGAGCGCUCGUCAACUUUCCAGAGGUUCCAGAUGGAGCGCUCGUCGACUUUCCAGAGGUUCAGAGGUUGUAG